UGCGGAACAAAGGAAACAAACCGGAGAAUAUUCCUUCUGCUGGGCAUCGGUCUGGUGAACGGUGUGGCCUCCCUAGCGCAAGUGUACCUAGCAGUGGGCCUUGCCGGCAACGCCUACCUGCACAUGCUCCUGAUGUCCUCGGCCGAUCUCUCGGCCUGCCUGGCGCCUUUGAUGAUGCUGAAGCACAGUGGAUGCCGGAAGAUAGCCAUCCUGGGCUGUAUCUCCGGCGGUGUCACCUGCUUUGCCCACUUCGUCACAAGCAGGCGAGGUCAUCCCUGCAUCAGUCUGUGCCUGCUAGCCAUGAGCAAAGUCUCCGUCGGAAGUUCCCUGGCAGUGGUGCCUCUCUGGUUACACGAAAUAUCGCCCAGUUCCCAGCAAGCAGUUGUGGCCCAUCUUGCGCAGACAGCUGAACUUGCGGCUUUUGCAGUUGUCCCUCUUUUGUUUCAGCAAGUAAGUACACACUGCCCUCAGCGGGCAAGCAAUCAAUUACCUCUCUGCAUAGAAGACCCUGAGCUGACACCUGUUGUGUUGAGCGUGCUGUUGAUAGGCGGAGGUAUACUUCUCACUUUCGACAUGCACCACCCCGGGAGGUCAUGGUGCCUCAGGAAGCUCCGUAGCCGCGUUGGCUCGUGGUCGUGCAACAGGAACAAGGGCAUGGUUUACAGAAGCAAUGCUUGGGAGUUCAAAUCCCUGCAAAAUCCAUCUCCCAUUCCAAGUCUUGUGAAGAGGCAAGAAGCGCUACAGAUGUGCCCAAAUUUCCACCCAUUGCAAGGAGUGGACACAAUCAAAGUAACGGUGGUCUGACGAAAAAGUGCCUCAC